AUGAGUUUUUCAGAAAUUCCAAAAAAUGAUAUUGAUCUUCAACAACAACUGGGUAGUGGUGCUUUCGGUGUUGUUUAUAAAGCAAAAUGGAAGUCAAAGAAUCGUGUUGUUGCUUGUAAAUGUAUAGUUUUAAAACCUGAUGGAUCAUCCAAACAGACAGCUGAUAUGAUUAUAAAAGAAAUAUACGGCUAUGUUAAAUGUGCCGGUCUAUUCAUCUUACCUUUUUAUGGUUAUUUCUACGAUAUACCAUCACUAAGCUCUGCACGUUUUUUUAUUGUUAUGGAAUAUAUGUCAAAUGGUAGCUUGACAAAUUUUUUACAAAAGGAAUACCACAGAUUAACCUUGAGAAGAAAACUAUCGAUUGCCUGUGAUAUAGCAUCAGGUAUGCAUCGUAUCCAUCGACAUGGUAUUAUCCAUCGAGAUAUUCGUCCGGAUAAUAUUUUAAUUGAUACGAAUUAUCGAGCUAAAAUAGGAGACAUGGGUAUAGCAGAGGGUUUUCAAAUUUAA